GCCCAUGGGCCCUUGUCCUUUUGGGCUUUUUCUAAUCUCAUUGGACUCUACUUAUGGGCAAAAUAUCGGCUUAAAAGCUUUGAAUCACUUCGAACGGUUCCCUCGUUAGUUGAAGUUAUUGUAGAAUAUCUCGGAUAUUCAUAUUAAAAGUUAUUAGACUUUAUUACUCGAAUUAAACUUGAAAUUAUUUUAAAAAUCAGUAUAUAUCAAGUUAUAUAAAUUAAAAACAGCAACAAAAUAAGUAUAUUAUUAGAUAUAUAUAUAUAUACAUGAUAAAUGUCGAAUUAAGAAAUUAAAAAACUAUGGAUUAUUCUAAAAUGUAGUUCUAAUUAAGAAUUAUCUAUUUUAUGGAUAAAUAUUUCGUGUAGAUACAACAAUUCAAUUUAUCCUAAUAGAAUAAAAAAUAGGAAUAAAAUUAUAUUUUCUCCUAUACUAAAUGAGGUAAUAUUAAUUACUAAUAACUUGAAAAUAAUAGAUUGUUAAUAGUUAUUUAAUUAAAUUUAUUGUUAAAUGAAUUUAUUUUGAUAAUUUAUAAAAUAUUAGUUAUGUAGUUGUAUUAUUUUCUUGAAUUUUAAUCGAUUGUUUGACUAUGAUUAUAUGUUAAUAUGAUUAGAAAAAUUCAAAAAUAAUUCUUAAUCAUAUAUUAAUGAUUAAAAAAAAUUCAAAUUGUUUUAUUGAUUUUUAAAUAUAUAAUAGAUAAUCCAUAAUAUAUCUUAAUGAACAUAUUUUAAUAUUAAAUUGUGUUGAUAAAUAUUUUUAAUUAUUUUUGACAUAUAUUUAUUUUUGUUUUUAGUCAAAAUUGAUAAUAUCUAAUUGAGAUAGUUAAUUAUUAUGAUUGUUUCAUUUAGGAAUAUUUUAUUAUAUAUAAUAAAAAUUUUUAGAUUUUUUUUCAUCAACACAAUUUCAUAUCGAAAUAUCGUCAUUUAAGUAUUUUCUAGAUAUACAAUCAUAGAUCGAAAAUUGACUAAAAUUAUUUUAACUUUUAACCACAGAUUGACGAGUACGAAUGAUCUCAAGGUUAUAUAAGUUAUACUGAGUUUUCCUAAUCGAUAUAAUAUUAAUUGAUAUGACGAUGACGAUGACGAUGAGUUAAUAUAAAUACCAUGUUGACUAUUAUUUCUAAUAUGAAAUGAUAUUACUUUUGAAAUGAAAUGAAAUGAAAUAAAUCUUAAUGAAUGAACAAAUAAAAUUCCUGUUAUAAUAUAUUAUCUCAAGAUUGAAUAUAAAGGAAUUGUGAUGAAUAUUAAUACUAAUUAUAAUAAUAAAACAAUUAUUGACAAAUAAACAAAAAUUUCAUAUAAAAAAUAUUUACGAUUAAAUAAAACAUUAAAAUAGUUGUCAGUUAUUAAAAUUUAAUAAUAAAUAUAAUUAUAAUUAUUUUUAUAUUUUCAUUGAUAAAUAAAAUUUUGAUUUUUUAUUUAAAAAAAAGCUUAAAAAAUAGUUUAAACUAUCUCUAUUUAUGAUGAUUCCGUAUAUAAAAUAAUAUUCAUAUGAAAAAGUUCAAAUUCAAUUAGCUUAAUAUAAUAUGUCGCAGUAGUAAAAAUGAAUUUAUUUUUCUAUUUAAAUUUUCUUAAGUUAACUAUUUAAUUUAAAACUAAAAAAUUAUUUUAUUUUCUCUCAAAAUGAAUCUAUUAAUUAAUGUUAUCAAAAUUUGAUUUAUAUUUUGUUUUCAUCUUAAAAAGUUUAAUAUUUGUUAAUGAUCACAUUUAAAGAAAAUCAUAAUACUAAUUAAUAUUUAAAAUCAAAAUAAAUAGUAAAAAAUUAAAUAAUCAAUUAAAUUAAUAAUUUAUAUUUAAAUUUUUUAUCAACUCAUUUAUUAAGAUAUCAUUUUCAAUUUGAUUAUAUUAACUAAUUCAAAUUUUCGUAAUUCUAAAUGUUUAUAUUGUUUAAUUAAUGUCUUAGGAAAAGUUUUGACAAUUUCCAAUUUAGUUGGUGCUGCACCGCUAUCAAUAAAGGCUGCUGGUGGAUUUCCAGAUUAUGAAUUUCCAAGAUGGAGUGUCAUAUUAGGUUGGUUUAUUUUUGCUUUUUGUAUUCUUCCUAUUCCACUCGUCUUCAUCAUCAAUUAUAUACGUGAAUAUCGAAGGCUUGCCGCUGAAAAAUUAGUAAGUCGUAAUUUUGACACCGAUGAUAAUCGUCAGUUGGAAAAUGAUCAUCAGGAAAAGCCUCUUUAUUUAGCAGCAUUAACAGAAAAUAAUAUGCCUGCAGAUAGUUGGGGACCUAGAAGAAGAAAACAUCAAACUGGUGUAUAUUCUCAUUUGGCUGUUAGAUCAACUAACAAGAAUAUAUCUUCUAAACAACAAUUUCGUCAACAAUCAUCAAUAGGAAUAAACAAGACUGAUACAAAAAUGGGUAUCACAAAUCCAAUUUUCAAUCCAGAUUCAGCAAUAAAGAAUGAUGGUGAUGAAAAUUAA